GAUUCUUGGUGUGCAAAGGCGGAAAUCGAAGGUAGAGCUGGGAAGAUUCUGCUAAAAGGUGAAUGGUCAUGGGAGAAUGUGACCAACUGGCUUGCAAGACCAGACCACUCCCUGCUUGGAGUCCUUUUAAAGGGAAGCUGCUCAGGUCUAUUAUCUAAUCAACAGCUCGACAACCCAUGGCAACAACCAGAGACGUCCUUGAAUCAAUGCUGCCAAAGCAGAAUCGUUUCCAAAUAGGUCUCAGCUGUGGGACACAGCUGAAGCCAAGCGACAUUGUCAUCCGCAAAAUGCAGGUUCCUGACAUCCCUGAGGCUGUUCUGCUCUUUGCGGAACACCUUUCCAGGGCCGCAGACCCAUUCUAUGCCCUUCGGGGCCUGCCCUUCACAUAUUAUCUACAGUACUGGCAGACGGUUGUCAGCAAAUCUGUAGCCAGGGGGCUGGCUACAGUAGCAGUUCUAGCAGACCAUAAGAGCAUUGCCUUGGGGAAUGAGCUGGCAUGGACAGAUACAGGAGGCAGGCAGGAAGGGACCGCAAUACCUUCAGUAGUGUGCGCAGUCAGCACAUUACCAGCAAGCGAGUUUCUGAAGAUCGAUGAGGAGGACUCCAAGCAUGGGGACCGCGAGGUGGAGGAUGCAGUCUACGACAGCCAUUUUGAGGCGUUCUUCAGAAAGCCUCUGUGUCCUCUACAAAAGUUAGUAUACAUCAUUGGGGGUGUCACCAACCCACAAUUCCACUGCCCUGGCGUUGCGAGGCGAACCACGGAUCUUGUUUUGAGAUUUGCAGUGGACCAGGGUUUUCUGCAUGCCGUUGCCGAUUGUCUGAGCAACGCAGGUAGUAAUUUUGCCACUAAAACUCUUGGGGUCAAGCUGUCCAACACAGUGAGCAUGCCAUUGAGUAAAGUUAAGUUGAAGGACGGAAGGCAACCGUUUGACGGUCGCACAGACAUACCCAACUAUGCAAUGUUAGCUUGGGUGGACCUUUCAGAGCAUCUGCCAAGAAGCCGCUUGUAAGGAAAUGUCAGCAAUCUGCUAGGUAAGGUGCAUAGGAGGACUGGAGGUACUGAGAAGCGUCAUUAGAUUCCCGGAGUUUGUAUAUCAGGACAACACUGAGUAGGAUUAAACAUAUG